CCUACAUAAAAAAAAAAAGAAAAGGAGUUAGCAAAACACACACAUUGCGUCUUGUCUUCCUUCUCUUUUCCUCAAUUUACUCUUAACCUCAACUAAAAUAUUACGACAGCAGUAUCAACAAGUCUGGCAAGCACGAGCAACUCCACCACGCCAUCUGUUGAACACUAGAAUCCCUUCCUUCACUGGUCUAACCUCAUAAGACUUUGACGUUCAGUCGUUCAGUCCCUCUUGUGGGUGGCAGAGGGACGGUUGCUCGGCUCGGAGCUAAGGGGACCGGGUUGUGUUGUGGUGACGGCCUCGUGUGUAGUGAAAGAGAGCUAGAGUGUCGCUAAGGGCUUCACAUACCUACUCCUCAGCUUGACUAGACGUUCCUUCCCUCCUCCUUGUACUAGGAAGAAGCAAAGCGAAGGACGAGCAUAGCAGUAAAAGGGUUCACGCUACCUUCACGCCACCAAUGUACUAGGAAGAAGCAAAGCGAAGGACGAGCAUAGCAGUAAAAGGGUUCACGCCAUCUUUAUCAAUGGAGGGACGGUGAAAGCUUCUCUGAUAACGAGGGAAGGAGAGGAUGGAUAUGGCCAGAAAUGUUUGUGAAUCUUAUCACGUCGUGGCUCGCCUGGAGAACGCUCAUGUUACCUGGACAGAGGCUAAAAAAGGCUGUGAUACUGAACAGUCGAUGGACAUGAUGGUCUACAGCUCUACAUGCUAGCUGGAGGUCUCGCUAGCAGCUCUGUUCCUGCUGGCUCUUGUUCCCCUGCUGGCUGCUGCUCGUCGAGGGAAGGCGGCACAUCACAUCUUGUCCUGCUAACACCUGCUGUCGUCGCUUUGCUUCAUAAGAGGAUGGUGUGAUUGAAACUUAAACCUUUGUAAACUCUGACUGUUCCUCGUAACGAAAGUAUAAUGUUAAAAGUGUCCUCAACAAGAUUUCUGUUUAAUAUACCCUACACUUGGGACACCUCUCUUGCUCUGGAGGAAGAUGGGGAAGUACAGAAGUAUUAUCAGCUGUUUUAUCAGUUCAUAUUUAAGAUAAUAUUUUUAGUAUUUCUACGUGUUAUCUCGAUUACUGUCAACAGGCUGUAUUUGAAGUUAUCUGGGCUUUCACAUGUUUUCAUUAUCUCAGUGAUAAUUUAACAAGAAUUCUGCUUCAUCAAUAACAACCAUGAGAACCUGACUAAUUGCUUCUGCAGCCUUAGAAAAUAGUCUUAAUGAAAAAAAUAAAUAAAUAAAAUUAAGAAUACAGACCUCAAUAUUUUUCUCUAUCAAUCAGUUGCAGAACAUUUUAAAAUUUUCUGAAUGUGGUAGCUGUCUUAUGCUCUUAUUUAAAGGCUGAGAUUACAUGGUUUUAGAAAGUUUCAAGGGUGCUGUCUUCAAAUCAGUGGGCUGCGUGUUGUGUCUAAUGGAAUUUUUGUUUGAAAGUAUUUAGUUUCGUCCGAUUUCAAGUUAAUGGAAUAAUUUAAUAUGUCCCAAGAUGCCACACGGAUUUGAAGGGUUAUUAUGAGAAGCAGUACGUAUGUCGUAGCCCUUUUUUUUUCUUUUUUGUUAUUGUUUCCCUUGUGUUAUUAGAUGUUCAUUUUCCUUUUUCUAAUUGGUAAUUUGUUGGUGUCGUGUUGGAAGCACCUUCUUACGAGGAACAGCCAUGGUAGUGUGUGGAGAUGUCCAUGAUGGCUGAGAGAGUGAGAGAAUGAGAGAGUGAGGAAGUAGGCGAGGAAGUCAAUCAGGAAAUGAGUGAGUGAGGUCUCUCUCCAUCCAUAUCCUCCUUUACAUUACCUAUGACUUUUACUUUCCUGCAUCACAGUCUGCCUUUGCCUUUAUCUCUUUCUACACAGUGGUUUUAUUCACUAAUCAAUGCAUUAUAUUAUACAUUUCACGCAUAUUUUAACUCAACUACCAACUCAUCCCUGAAAAAUUAUGAUGAUGACGAUGAUGAUGGUGGUGAUGGUGAUGGUGGUCCAAUCUACACAUCUUCGUUCUCGUCGUUACCUUUCCUCCUCGUCCUUAUCUCACGGUGCUCCCCCACGUGUUCAUCGUCGCUAUGGUGGAUGUGAUCUGGCUUACUAACAGACCCGCCGCCUACUGAUGGUAUCCCAGUUAUUGACCCCGUCGAGCUGCUUGCUGAGAGGCUCAAGUACAGUCAGACGACGAUCUACCACUGGCCCACCGCCUCCAACAACAUGACCGUGUCUGACGAAGGAGAGGACCAGUUCCGUUACGUCGAUGGUCCCACUGGCUUCGGAAACGCUAUGGAGUUCCCCUCGGAUUCCAGGCAGUGCUUGGUGCAUAAGAGGUUCACUAUAGAGUCAGACACGUGCACCACCAACCUUGACAACUGCGAGGAUGGCUUGAGUCUCAGCGUGUGGUACAAGGGUUACCAGGGGAUCGAGCGAGACUGGGAGUUUGUCAGUCAGGACCCCAACGACCCUUCUAUCAUCGAGACCAUUGCUUCUACAGGCGGCGACACAAAAGGCCACCCCGGCAUCGCUCUCUACCUGCAAGGCAUGACUGUGAAGGCUGUAGUGUCCACGGGCGCCAAGUACUGGAACACCUCCUGUGUGGGUAUGAUAAAAAAUGACAAGUGGACCAACAUUGCCUUCAGCUGGAAACACGAUAAGGGGCUGCUGCUGUACAUCGAUACCAAGCUGGAAGCCUCCACGAUGUUCCCCGCCUCUAGCCCCGGCGCCAAGCCUGCUCUCACCCCGCCGCAGAUGCACCUCGGCUGCCACAGUGACGCGACCAACACUGAAUACCGCUACUUCCUGGAGGGCGCCGUAGACGAGCUGGCGGUCUGGGACAAAGCGCUGCUAGGGACGGACGCUGGGUUGUUCCUGGGAGAUCAUAUUCGGUCUUUCGCUGACGUGACCGUGGAAGACCUGAACUCCAUAGUGGACGACUCGGACAUCAGCGACCCUGACGUGAUGGCGGCGGCGCUGCUCAUCACGGCCCAGUCCACCUAUUCAGAGGAGGUGCCUGAAGGAGCCCUCACCGUGCCCACCACCGCCGCCACCACCACCACCACCACCACCACCACCACCACUGCCAACUCCGACGUCAGCACCACAGACUCAGGCUCGGGCGCCACCACCACCACCACCAUGCAGCCUGAGUCAGACGCCUACAAGCACUUCAAGAGCGUCAUGAAGUUGUUCAAGAAGUUCACCAGCACCACAUUGAAGAACGUGGACAUAAUGAAGCUUCAGAACACUCUUGGGCUGGUGGACGUGACGAGCAACAUCUUCGUGCAGAAAAACAAAGAGUUCCUGAUGGGAGCAGAGGUGGGGGAGGAGAAGGACGGGGAGGCGAGGAUGACAGUCAACGCCAACCAGAUCAUAGAAGAUUUGACCAACUGGACCAUGAGGAUCCUGCAGAACACCGACUACAGGAACAGAACGGAGAUGUUUACACUCGUCAAGGAGACAGAGAACUUGAUCGUGCACGUGUUCAAAGGUCCCCAUUCAGCGCUGCACACGAGAAGCAACGGGUUCGUGGUGGCGCCGGAUUGUGAAAUGAUGGUCAAGAAGAAAUCCUGGAACAGCACAUGCAACAGGGCAGCAGUGUCCUCCGCGGUGGUUACUGACCCCAAGUGUAAGAACCGCACCAUCAAUGUAGUGAUUACUUCAUCGCGGAAUGUGCAUAGGUACUCCCACACCUGGGCGGUCGGCGGGGACAUGGACCCGUACUUGCCACACGAGCUGAACACCAUGGUAAUGUCAGUGCUGAUGAGCCCAGACCCAGUGCUGGAUAAAAAGGGAAACGUGGACAAGAAGGCCCCUAAGUGCAAACCAAACCCUAAAGCCUUGCUACAGUCGCCCAUCAGACUGAAGCUCUUCAAUCUGCGCCCAGAGACGACCCACUCGCACCAAAGCAGGAAACUGUCCUUUCACGAGGAGGCGCCCGUCAAGAGGGUGUUGGGGCAGCACUGCGCCUGGUGGGACGCCAACAACAGCAGGUGGGACGGGACGGGCUGCCUCGUGAUGGAGAACACGGACCGCUAUACCAAAUGUGCAUGUGCGCAUUUCGGGAGUUUCACGGUGAUGAACGAACUGAUAGAGCCCAGGGUAGUGCCCGACGAACACCUGUGGCUUCUGGUGUUGCGCUACGUGGGGUACGCGCUCUCCAUCUUGCUCAUCAUCAUCUACAUCAUCGUGGUGGCUGUGUCGCGCGAUCUCAAGGACCAGUUCCACCUGAUGGGGCUGAAUCUGGCGGUGGCGGUGCUGGUGGGGGCCGUAGCAAUGGUGGUGAGUGACCUGGAGGCGGUGCGGGACGACCGUCACUGGUGCACGGCGGUCGGCACCAUCAUCCAGCUCUUCUACCAGGCUGCCGGCGCGUGGGUCCUCUUCCUGGGACACGCCACCUUCAAGGCCAUCACCUCGGGAGUGAUUGGCGGUAGACUCAAGUCUUACCUGCCUAUCUCCUGGGGCCUCCCGUUCAUCUCCGUGGGUCUCAACUACCUGCUCUUCAUGCUGGACCUUGGCGAGGACCCCCGCUGCUUCAUCUCCUGGGAGAACCCGCCCAAGUUUGUCUUCUUCGGGUUUCAACUCUUGUUCGUCCUGGUGUCCUGCUUCUGCGCCUGCGUCGUGCUGAGUAACAUGGCCACUACUGCUCUGAGGAAGGACAACCUCAUCGAUGACUACGGCUCCUUCUGCAACGGCGCCGCCUUCCUCAUGCUCUUCUUCAGCAUAACCUGGAUCUUCGGCUUCUUCUGCUAUAUUCGCUUUGGUCACACUUCGCUGAACUUCUACCCGAUCUUCCAGGUUCUCAACUCCUGGACGGGCGUGGUCCUCUUCCUCUUCAUCGGCGUGGCAUCUCGGAAGUUCAGAAUGGUGGUGGCGGGCCAGGCUAAGCUGAGGCGCGAGAUGUUGAUGGGGUACACGUUUGGGAAUACAGGAGAGGCGAAGGGGAACGCUGCUGCUUCGGGUCCCUCCACUUCCAACACAUCCAACAAGGGUGCUCAGCCUAAGAACAACCAGGACAAGAAAGGCAAGCUACCACCUGUUAAGAAAAAUGCACCAAGACGAGCACCUCCUCGCACCUUCACGGCAGACUAGCGCUUGUGAAGUGCCUAACCAUCUGCCCCAGUCUGUACCUAACCUUGUGUCUCCUGUCUUAUUUAUUCGCUGUAUAGACUUGAAGAUUUUUGACAUGACACGCGAGUCAUUAGUGGUUAGGGGCAUUAAUCAUGUGGCCUUAUGUUUUCUACGCCUUUGAGACAGGAAACGUGUAGCUUGAAAAUGUUUUUGUCUUUAUGUGAUUCCUUGUGAGGACUUGAGGACGUUUAGCAUGUCGAGCGGGCCUUUCAUGGCUAGAAGCAUUGAUGAACCAUAUUCUGAAACACUUAUGCGCAGCACCUCCACUACAUUCAAAAGGCUCUAAUUCAAGUGACACGAAUUUUAAAUGGGGUUCUUAAGCUUCUAGUGACAGAAUAACAAGAUUUCUUCAUUAUUAACAGGAAAACUCUUGAGAAUCUGGCUAACCAUCUCUGUGGCCUUUGAAAAUAGUCCUGGGGAGAGAGCAAAGCGUUUCUGAAUACUGGCCAGUGUCUUGUGGUCGUAUUCACAUCUCAGCGCCUUAUCUCGACUACUGAUGAUUCCAAGGGUGCUUUUAUGAUCAGUAAAAGUUUAACAAGAAUUCCACAGGACGCAGCAAAAACAUAUAUAUUAGUGGUAUACUUCAGCACGCGUUGGUUAUGUCCAUUAAAUAUUAUUCAUUGUCCAUAAUUUAGCAUCUUAACUGGAAAUAAAAACGUGAAAUACA